AUGUCCCCCGCCAACAGGUCACUCCACUCCAACCUUGUUGUCACUCCUCCUCGUGACAUUUCGCCCACCCCCUCUCUCGACUCGGCAAAGAGCGGCGUCGUCUUCACUCCUGCUCGAAACGCCUCUGGCGCCUCUUCUUUGGUACGAUCGCCCUCUGCCGAUACGUUGGUCAUUGGCGACCUGCAUUCCGACUCUCGUCAGAUCGCGGAGCCCGUCAAAGCUCACCAGAAGCCCCACUUCUGGCGCUUGACGCCUUCGCCUUCGCCUUCUAGAACACUCGCCAGCCUUGCUGAGAGGUUUGAAGGGCUAAACGUAGACAUGGAGGAUGCCCAGCCUCCAUCUCCUGAGCAGACUCCUUCCCCUCUUCCAAAGCCUGUUGAGCUAGAGGAUUCGUCCAAGCCUUCUGUAUCUCUACCCAUCGUGGACCCGCGCUCAAAGCUGUAUCCGUUUGUCCUUCCCCCUGGACUCUGGGACGCCAAGUCUCAGCCUGACACCAACGGCGUUGAGCUUGAGACGCGUCCUCUGCUCCCAAUCAAGCUCGUCGCCUCUUUCUCCCCUGUAGACCCCUGCACCCCCGCCUCCCCGUCUCCCCGCAUCUUCCAAGACCCCUCCGCGUCAAAGGAUUACUCCAGGUUUCGCAUCCCCUCUCCCCUUCUCAGCCACUCCCCUAAUGCCACACUACACCUCUCGACCACGGUACCCUAUCCAGGACAGCCGGGGAAGCAAGGCCAACUCGUUUGGCUCAACUUCCAAACUGUCUACCAUCUUCGCCGUGGUGGAUGUAUCAAGGUGCGGAACUUUGAGGGAAGGGAGAAGUCCGUUUUCGCGCCGGUCUUGGCCGAGAAGGCGCUGUGGAGAAGAGUGGUUGUAAAGCGAGAGGCCAUCGGAUUUGGGCAUCCUGGGGCUAUGCAGGCUAGGCUCAUGUGGGCGAGCGCGAGGGACGCGGCGCAGAGGGAAGUUGGGCAACGAGGACCGAGGAGACCUAGGAGAAGGGUCUGA